AUGUCAAAAGGGAAAGAAAAAGAAAAAGCUGUAGCUUCUUUAAUUGCAGGUGCGACGGCAGGUGGUGUAGAAGCUUUCACUACUUAUCCUUUCGAAUCUCUUAAAACUCAACUACAAUUCGCUUCUACAGAUGGGAAGCGUCCAACACCUUACGGGCUCCUCCGUGAAACUCUAGCUCAAAGAGGUUUGAAAGGUUUAUACGCUGGAUGUACGGCUGUUGUCAUUGGCAAUGCUGCCAAGGCUGGAGUUAGGUUUACUACUUAUGAUUAUUUCAAGAAUUUGUUAAGGGAUGAUGAGGGAAAACUCAGUGCUCCACGAUCUAUGUUAGCUGGAUUAGCAGCGGGAAUGGCUGAAGCUGUCAUAGCUGUCACUCCUUCUGAAACUAUCAAGACAAAAAUGAUCGAAGAUUCUAAACGACCCCAACCGCAGUAUAAGGGUAUGAUCCAUGCUACUCGUGCUAUAGUGGCUCAAGAAGGUUGGAGGGGGAUAUAUCAAGGUGUUGUGCCGGUUAUGCUCCGUCAAGGGGGUAACUCAGCUGUGAGAUUCACAUCUUAUUCUACACUCAAACAACUCGUACAGGGUUCCGUAUCACCCGGACAGACAUUACCUGGGUAUAUUACAUUUGGGAUCGGUUCGAUGGCUGGGAUUAUAACUGUCUAUACCACCAUGCCUCUGGACGUCGUCAAAACUCGUAUGCAAGGGAUUCACGCUCAUGCGGAAUACCGAAAUUCUUUCCAUUGUUUCUAUCGGAUCAUAAGUGAAGAAGGUGUAUUGAGACUUUGGAAGGGUACUGUUCCAAGAUUAGGUCGGUUGAUUUUAAGCGGAGGUAUAAUCUUUACGACAUACGAAAAAGUUUAUCCUAUCGUCGCUACUGCUCUCCCUUGA